AUGGAAAGAGUAGCUUUCUUUCUCAUCAUCAUCAUCAUCAUCACCUUCAUCUCCAUCCAUGGUGUACCAGCCAGCCCGAAAGCCUGCACAAAAGUGUCGACCUUGUUCGUCUUUGGCGACUCGUAUUUGGAUGCCGGAAAUAACAACUACAUAAAUACGAGCGCCUUCGACCAGGCCAAUUUUCAGCCAUAUGGCGAGAACUUUGCCAAUGGCCCGACCGGGAGAUUCUCGGACGGUCGUAUAAUACACGAUUUCAUCGCUGAGUAUGCAAAAUUGGAAGGUUUAAUUCCAAUAUAUCUAAAUAAGAAUCGCAGUGGGACCCAAAAUUAUAUUGGAAUGAACUUUGCAUCAGCUGGAGCUGGUGCCUUAACAGAGACUUUGCAAGGCUUUGUGAUUGAUCUCAAAACACAACUAAAAUACUAUAAAAAGGAAGUUCAUCAUCUGAAAGGCGCGUUUGGUGGAGCCAAAGCUGAAAGUGUGAUAUCAAAUGCUAUCCACAUGAUGAGCAUUGGCUCAAGUGAUUACAUCAGUCCUUUCCUGCUAAAUGAUUCCUUUUUGCAUUCUUUUUGUCAACCUUCUGAUUACGUGAAUUUGGUGAUUGCAAACAUAUCAGAGGCGAUUCAAACAAUAUAUGCAAAUGGAGGGAGAAAUGUUGUGCUUAUGAAUAUGGGACCAUUGGGCUGUUUGCCAGGCAUGAAAAUCAUCAAGAAUGUAAACAAAUACGAAAACAAGUGCAUGACUGAGGCCUUAGAACUGGGUAAACUACACAAUACCGCUUUGGAGACGAAGCUAAUACCAAGCCUAAAAAAAUUGCCCAAACUCAAAUUGCUUGUAUAUGACUUCCAAAGUGAUAUUUCCAACAUGAUCGCUGAGCCAAAAAAAUAUGGUCUGUGUGACGUGAAAGACGCAUGUUGCGGGUCGGGCUCUUUCCGAGGUAUUCACAAUUGUGGUGGACAAAGGAAACCUUUGAGUACUGAGUACAAAUUGUGUUUGAAACCCGAAAAUUACCUGUUUUGGGACUCUUAUCAUUACACUGAAAAGGCGAACGAACAAGUGGCUAAGGGAAUGCACGCGCAACGUUGUGAAAAUACAUUUGGACCGCUAAUCAUGGACUUGGCCCUGGCAAAUGCACUCGCAACGUGCGAAAACUCACUGGGGCGCGAAUCUUCAUAUUCCUUGGAGCUUUUUGCAAGGUCGUGGAUUGACGUCCGGGUCGCGAACAUGCUAGUGCUGAAAAUGCCACUCGAUAAAGACAAUACUCUCAACCGAUCUUCUUCCACUAAACCUACAAAACACCGGAAAAGUAAAGAAAAGCAACGAAAAGAAAAAAACGACACUAAACGUACAAAAUGA